AUGGACACCUUGACCCCCACCUGGUCCCCCCUCCUCGUCGUUCUCUCCUACUGCAUCUCCUGGCUCGGCGCCUACACUGGCACGCAACUCAUCGUCCAUGCCAAGUACACAUCCUCUCCAUCCCAGGCGCUCCUCUGGGCUGCCAUGGCAGGCGCCGCCUUCGGAUUCUGCAGUAUAUGGUCCAUGCAUUUCCUGGGCAUGCUCGCCUUGAACCUGCAAGUGCCCGUCCAAUUCUCGCUCCCUCUGACGGUGGCUUCUGCCCUCGUGGCUGUUGGUUUCACCUCCAUCGGCAUAGGCUGGCCAUUCCUCGUUGCGCGAUACCGAAGAAGCGGGAGACGGUCGUGGUGGCAGAGACUAUUGGGCAGCCAACGACGCAGGAGAGACGCAGAAGCUCAGCCCUUCUUGUCAGAGUCGGAGAGAGAGUUUGCAACCGUGGAGACUGAGGAGGCUGCUCAAGACGCGAGUGGGACGGAAAGAAAUCAGGAAUGGCACGCACAUGGCAAAUCGGCCGAUCCUGUCCUCGGUCCCAGCGUUCUCCCGAUGUCCGAAGGCGAGAGCGAGGCAGCGGAAGACUCAAGCGAAGAUUCGGGGCUGACGGAUCUGAUGGAGGAUGAGGAAGAGGAAGAUGAUGACGAACGGGACGAGGAGGAAGGACGGGGCGAGGAAGCAGAAGCCCAUCCGCUCGCCGCCGAGAUCCUCCUCGAGUUUUUCUCGAGCGACGCCCCACUGGAAUACCUGACAUCGGCACCUGCAUCGGCACCUGCAUCGGCUGCCACAUCUCCUGGUGCCAGUCGCACAUUCUGGGAAGGAGGGAGGAUACCUGUGCCGUCUAAUGCAGAAACACCAAGUGCAAGCGCACGAUCAGUCGUUGCCAAAAAGCGACGAAAGUUUAGCUCCAAAGAUCUAGUCAUUCCGUGGAGGCGGUGGGUGAUUGAGCAUUGGGAAACGCUCAGCGUCGCCGUAUACGUGCGCGCAGCCAUGUGGAGCGCGGGAAUAGUCGGAAUGCACUAUUGCGGCAUGCUGGCGAUGCAAGUAUCCGAUGGCUGGAUAGAGUGGAAUAUCGCCCUCGUCUUACUCUCGUCACUUAUUGCCUUCGUUGUCUGCAUUCUCGGGACAGUCGCGAUGUAUCAAAUGGAGACGCACCUUGUGCGCCAAAUGGUAGUGAGCGCCAUCGCCGCCGCCGGCGUAUGUGGCAUGCACUAUACUGGUAUGGCGGCUGCCAAGUUCCACAGCACGGCAGCACCGGACCCGCAUGCAGGGUAUCCACGAUUCCUGCCCAUGUCUAUCGUCUCCGUCGCAGUAGCAGUUCUAGUCGUCGCUAACGCAGCUCUUGCCAACUCCGCUACACUCGCUCGGAAUAGGAUGGCUGAAGCUAUCCUAACCAGGCGUCGGCUCUGGCGCAUCAUGGCGGAGAAGGAAGCGGCUGAUCGCGCAAAUGCCCUUAGAUUACAAUUCAUCAGCGUGGCUAGUCAUGAGAUACGGACCCCGUUGCACACAGUCAACGGAUACGCCGAAUUGCUUGCGCGGACACCGUUGUCCACCGAUCAGCAGCUUUACGUAACGAGCAUCCAGCAAGCAUGCCAUGCUAUCAAUGUCAUAGCCGGCAAUGUACUCGAUUUCAACAAGUUGGACCGGGCCAACGUAGAGUCGGAUGCGCGUCCAGUCCUCGUUGAUACUCGCCAGAUGCUUGAAGGCGUUGCGCGGAUCUCCGAAGUGGGAUGUCAGGAUACCGUCGAAUUGAUUGUCUCGGUUGCGCCUAAUAUGCCGAAAGAAGUAUAUCUUGAUGAAACCUACGCGUUGCGGGUGCUCACGAACCUUUUGUCCAAUGCUCAAAAGUUCACUCAGGAUGGGUUCAUCUAUGCAGCCUUCCACGUAGAUCCCUCCGGAGCGCAAGAUGGUUCUACUCGAACAUUGGUCGCGACUAUCCGUGACACCGGCUGUGGCAUCUCGCCGGAGUACAUCGACGUCAUAUUCGAGCCCUUCCGCCAGGCCGACAGCUCUUUGACUCGACCGCAUCAGGGCGCCGGAUUGGGGCUGAGCAUCGUCAAGCAUCUCGUCCAGCGGAUGGGCGGGACCAUCGAGGUGCACAGCGAGGUCGCCGGUGAAGAUCGGGAUGGCGGAAGCGUAUUCGUCGUCAAGAUGCCGGUCAAGGUUCCGCUGGGUGACGAACAACCUGGCGCGGGGGCUGUUCCCAAUCAAUCGAGGGGAAAACAGCGACUGCGAAGGCUACACGUCGUCUGCAGUCACUCACGUACCGCUGACCUAUUCGAGGAAAUAUGGAGCGAACACGGAUUCGAUACUCGUGUGGUGCACAAAACCGACUCGGCUGACGAUGUCCGAGGCAAUGCAGACAUCAUAUGGACGGAUAUCGCCAUGAUGCGCUCGCAGGCUGUUCGCGACCUGUUGGUCUUGACAUCGGGCCCAUCGAGGACGAAAAGCGCUCCCAACGGGUCAAGUCCCCCGCUCGUCUGCGUCGUGCAUUCAACUGCCGACGAGUUGGCCGCGCUGGAACCUGCACUUUCCGAGGCAAAGAAUGUCCUGCUCGUCAAGCGGCCUGUUGUCGCAAAUCGAGUCAUCGAGCUACUCCGACGAUGCGAAGACGAAGAUUCGGAGGGCACGGGGUGCCAUUGGAACAAGCUUAAGUACGCUCUGGCGGAUCCCCCGAAGCUGCGCUUUGCGACCACAACUGUCGACAUGGUGGCCGGGGAGCGGCUACCGAUGGCGAGUACUGGCGCUGGUGGCGCGAUCAUGCCUCCAACGUCAGAUGCUAUACUCGAUGAGGGACGUCGCACCAAUGAGGUGAUCGCUCCGGAUGAGAUCAAGAAAAAAGUGCUCCUGGUCGAGGACAACUUGAUAAACCAGCGAUUGGGCAAAAAGCUACUCGAAAGCCUUGGCUAUGAUGUCAUCACUGCCAACGACGGACAGCAGGCGGUAGAUACGGUCGCGGAGGAAACCGUAGACUGCUGCUUCAUGGACUGUCAGAUGCCAGUCAUGGACGGCUUCGAUGCCACACGCAGGAUCCGAGAAAUGGAAGUAGCGGGCACGCUCAAACGUCACCUACCUAUCGUUGCGCUCACGGCCAACGUAACGUCCGAGAGCGAAGAGCAGUGUCGGAACGCUGGUAUGGAGUUUUUCAUGCCCAAGCCGCUUCGCCUCGCAGAUUUGGAGACAGUAUUACGGAAUGCUCUGCACCCGCCAUCGGGACGAGAUUGA